AUGUCGCUCUUCCGCGCCCUCACCGCCCCCAGGGCCGCCGCAUACCGCUCCACCCUCCGCUACAGCACUGCGGCACCCUCAGCACCCACAUCCUCUGCCUCGCGCGCCGCCGACCUUGCUGCGGUGGAAGCCGUCACCGAGUCCGACUCUGCGCAGGCCCCCGCCGAGGUUCCUCUCCGCCCCGCACAUGCCUCGCCGUCAAAGUCCAAGAACCUGAAGACAGCGUCGCGGACAGCCAAGACCGUCCCCUUCACCCCGGCCACACAGCCCCAGAUGCCGUUGUCGCCGCCAAGAUAUCAUGUCGCGCGGUCAGCGAACAAGAAUCUGCCCAUCUACACAGACUACAAGAGGGGCGGCAAUCUGCAUCUGACAACCGUACGGAAGGUCACAGGCGAUCUGCACGCAUUGAGGGAGGAGCUGAAGACAUGGCUGGCGAAGAAAGACGAGCACGUUACGGUCAACGCGCUGACGCAGCAUGUCAUCGUCAAGGGGCACCACAAAGACAAAAUUGCUGAGUUUCUGAAGGGGAGGGGAAUGUGA